ACAGGACUUUUUAGGGACCGGGACAGAGGAUUUAGAUUAGGCGGUUGCUGGUGAGGACCUGAGGACUUCAGGCUCCAGGACGAGGGACAAAGUAGGUAUAGGAACAUGAAAAUAGGAGCUGCAGCUUUGGCCGGGGGGACUUUCGGGGUGGUGGGCACCCUGUGUUUCCUCGUGGCCUUCAGUACCGACUACUGGCUGGUGGCCGUAACAGACUGUAACUCAGAUGAGAACGCCAAACCCCACCCAACACUGGGCAAAGACACUAACAGGACAAAGAUCCAGCCACACGAAGCCACCGCUGUUGCUCCUCCGUGGCUCACUCUGCACCACGAGGGGUUUUUCAGGCGCUGUAUGUUUCCAGUGGAGCCCUCGACGCCAGCGCUCCUGGCCUCAUUCAUCACCUCGCCUGUUCAAACUGCAGCAAACCCGCUGGGGGCUAAGGUGUGUUUCCGUGGUUACCUCUUCCCGCUGCCAGUCGCACUUGGACACGUUCCUGAGACGGUUUAUGAUGCUACUGCAGUAUUCCGAGGGUUCUGGACCGUCCUGAUUGUAGUCGGGCUGCUCUCCGCUCUGACCGGAGGCUUGCUGCUGGUCUGCGGCGUUCCCUUCAUCAGCAGCAAACUGUACCGGCUGGGCGGGGCCUUCCUCAUCGCUGCCGCCGUCCUGCUCCUGCUCCUGCUGCUGCUCUUUGUGCUCUGGAUGGAGGCGGUGGACGUGAGGAGCUACGUCCUGCAGAAGGCGAGGGAAGAUUGUCCGGACGCCGAGGUCUCCGUACACUACGGCCUCUCCUUCAUGGCGGCCGCCGCUGGCGUUCCCCUGGAGGUCCUGUCCGGGCUGCUGUUCCUGCUGGCGGGCCGCACGCUGCGCGUCGGCAGAUGAGCCGAGCGAGAGGCCAGCCGGAGAGACGAGAAGGGACACACUUUAUUGUUGAACACGCAGUGCCAUGCAAAAGUUUUCACACUUUUUCACUUUUUUCUUUUCCACAUUACAGCCACAAACUUCGAUGUAUGUCAUUUGGGAUUUGUGAACUCUUUUUGAUUUAGCUGCAAGUGUUUUGGACCUUCACCUUCUUCAAAUGAAGUGAAAUUGGUGUUAAACAUUUUGUCAUAUUAUAGAUAUCAUUCAGUGUUUCCAGAGAGGUCAUCAAAGGUCAACGAGUCCCCCACGUCUACAGAAUCAAGACAAUUUGGUGUCAAUCAGCUGUACCGCAACAUUUUUUACAAAUAUAACACAAUUAAGUUCAUCAGUUUUGUUUGCUAAUUUAUUUUAUUUCCUUUAUUUAACCAGGUAAAAACCUCACUGAGAUCCAAAGCUCAUUUUCAACAGAGAACUGGGCAGAAAUCUGCAACACACAACAACCUCGUUACACCAACAUAAAGCAAAUGAAAACAUGUGCACAAGUUUAAAGCAAAUUACAAAACUGAUUAAAAGCAACUGAUUGAAUGAAUCACAUUUUGUGUGUGUGUGUGUGUGUGUGUGUGUGUGCGCGUGUGUGUGUGUUUGUUUGUAAUACCUUGUGGGGACCAUUUUCCUGACACUAUGUUGUGGGGACCCACUGAUUCUUGUGGGACCAAAGCCUGGUCCCCACAAGGGGAAACACUGUUUUGGGGUCAGGGGUCAGAUUUAGGACUAAGGUGUGAAUUGAGUUUUAUUUAGGGUUAGGAUAAAGGUAAGGUUUAGGCCAGUAUUUCCCAACCCUGGUCUUCAAGGCACACUGACCUGCAUGUUUUAGGUAUUUCCUUGCUUCAGCCCAGCUGAUUUCAAUUGAUGACUGAUUAACAGGCGUUUCCUGAAGCGCAAUCAGUUGAGUCAAGCACAUUAAAUAAUGGAAACCUCUAAAACAUGCAAGGCAGUGUGCCUUGAGGACCAGGGUUGGGAAACGCAGGGUUAAGGCUGUAGAUAUGAAUGGAAGUCAAUGGAAAGUUCCCACACAGAUGGCCACGCAAACAUGUGUGUGUGUGACUAGAGCAGGUUGAUCUCUGGUGACUUCCGGAAAGUUUUUGCUUUGAAAUCUUUAAAGCUAUAAUGUCACAAAUGAAAUGUUUUGCUGCACAAAGACAGCACAGCUGGUUCAACGUUUCUCAGUUAGUGACAAGGAGAUGAUAUAUAUAUACGGUUUUAUAUUUGUUAAUGUUUUACAAAUAAGUGCCAGUCUGUCAACAAAAUCCACUAACUACUUUCAUCCAGAAGUCACUUAAUUUGCAAUAAGUGUGUGCAAAUUAAAUCUCAGUAGAAAUAUAAUCCAUGGUGCGAUAUAAUCUAUUUUGUAAUUAUUUUAAUUUUUUUGGUGUGUUUUCUUGUUCAUAAUUUUUUUUUAUGUCUGAGUAACAAAACAGAAAACAAUGAAAAUAAAUGCAGCUUAUGUUUUAGUUGCUUGAGUUACUACAUUGUUAUAAAUGUGGUGAAAUCUUGUUCUUAAAGGGAUAGUUCAGGGUUUUUAAAGUGUGGAUGAGUUGAUAAGCCGUUAGUUUCCUACUUGCAGUGGAAAACUCUUGGUGUUUAAUAUAAAUACAGAUUAAGUUUUCUGAAAGGCUCAAGCUAAGAGGAGAAAACCUCAGGGUGUCUCUACUCUCCAAUCUCAAGAGUCACAGUGAUUCAUGCAAACAUCAUUUAAAAAAACAACAACCUUUUAAACUGCUGCCAUGUUCUCAUUAUGCAGAUAUGAAGACGGUGGUAAACCUCAGGUACUGGGCUUCGGUACCCUGGCAUAGAGCUCUGUUACUUAGGCGCGUUUUUUAGGUUCUUGCUUUAGUUUUUCUUGACUCCCUUGAUCUUCUUGGUUAGCUUGCUCCUUAUAAACUGGGCAAAGUUUAUGUGUGUUUUAAGCCUAUUUUUCGUCAAAUAAAUCUUUGACCUCAA